GUGGCGGAAGUGGAACAUGAGAAGGAAAAUUAAACUGCGGAAAAUUGCUAGAUUAGUUAGUACGUAAGUGCAGUGAGGUACACGCGUAGUGCGGUUUAAUUGUGAGGUUGCGAUGAUCAAGUGCGUGCAUGUGUGUUAUUAAAAUGAAUAUUCAGCAAAGAAAACAUUUUCGUACAGAAUCCGUAGUGUAGGUAAAUCUCAAUAUGAAUUUAUAUUUAUUAAUUUGAGAGGCACAGAAAUUGGAUGUGAUGGGGUCAUUUCAAAAAUUAAAACUUUUGGUAUGGAAGAACUUUCUCCUACAGAAGAGACAUAAAUUUCAAACAUUGUUUGAAAUUGCUUCACCUGUGAUAUUUUCACUAUUUUUAAUUUUAAUAAGAUGUCUCGUGGAUCCUAAAGAAAAACCGGAAAUUUCUUAUCCACCAUUUCAACCAAUGUAUUAUAAUGCUAGUGGAAGAGAAAUUGGUAAUAUCACAACAGUAAAACAACAAGGGACCCUAGCAUUCUCACCUGAAGGCGCAUUACCAAGGAAAGCACUAAAAGAUGCCCUGGAAUUUGUAGCGAUGGAGAACCUUAGUGGUAUACUUGCCCUCCUGUUUGACCCUAAAAUGCUGCCAGAACCCAAGGGAUUUAAGGAUGCUAAAAGUAUGGAGAUAGCCUUAACGCAGCCAAAUGCAAUGAAAUCUAUUCUCACUGGAGUACAAUUUGAGGAUAGCAUGGCCAACGCCACUAAAUGGCCCGAGAAUGUCGUGAUCACGAUUCGAUUCCCCGCCACGAUGAGGACGCCGAUGGUCGACAACCCUAUAAGGCUCAGUUGGAGGACGAAUCUCUUGUUCCCUUUGAUCACAAAACCUGGCCCGCGAGACCCUGACGACAAAUAUGGCGGAAAAACACCAGGCUAUUCCCUAGAGAUGUUCCUAGCAGUCCAACACGCAGUGUCACAGGCCGUUAUAAAAGAAAAGUUGGGAAAGUCCUUGAACACUAAAGUAUUACUGCAGCGAUUCCCUCAGUUAGCCUACAGAGAUGACCAGCUGUUGAUCGCGCUCGAGAAGUUUAUCUCCAUGAUAAUAAUGCUGUGCUUCGCGUAUACAUUUGUAAAUACUGUUAGAGUUGUGACUUCGGAAAAGGAGCUGCAAUUAAAGGAAACAAUGACAAUAAUGGGCUUGCCGUCCUGGCUGCAUUGGCUGGCAUGGUUCAUCAAGCAAUUCUCAUUCGUUCUCAUUUCCGUUAUUCUUAUGGUGAUUUUAUUAAAGAUACCAUUUAACUCCACCGAAACUGGAGUCAGAUACUCGGUGCUCACGUUCACGCCUUGGUCGGUGCUUUUCUUUUUCAUGGUGCUAUUCGUCAUCGCUUCAUUAGCAUUUUCUUUUAUGAUCAGCGUGUUCUUCACUAGAGCGAAUACCGCCGCGUCAUUCAUGGGACUGGCUUGGUUUACCACAUACUCGGUGUAUAUGCUGACGCAAAUCAUUUACGAGGAUGUACACUGGUCUAAAAAGAUGAUGCUAAGUUUAAUUUCGAAUGCGGCGAUGGGGUUCGCCUUUCAGAUGCUCGUUACUUGUGAGGGCACUUCAAGAGGUUUACAGUGGCACGAAUUCUUCAAACCCGUAUCUUACCACGACGAUUUCAUGCCUGGCCAUGUGGCCAUAAUGUUAGUCCUGGACACAAUAUUGUACAUGCUGAUUGCUAUGUACAUGGAGAAAAUAAUACCGGGGAGAUAUGGAGUGCCCAUGCCGUGGUAUUUUCCUUUUACGAAAAGUUUUUGGGUGCCAAAUAAAAUCAAAGUUGCAGAUCUUGCUAAUAAUUCAGAUGCGGAAUAUAAGAACGCGUUGUUGAAAGUGGUUCACGACGAAGAACCUGAUGCAGUACCCACAGUUAAUAUUAAGAACCUUACAAAAAUUUUUAGAGGACGAAAAAAAGCAGUAGACAAUUUAAAUUUGCGAAUAUACGAAAAUGAAAUCACUGUAUUAUUAGGACAUAAUGGAGCUGGGAAAACAACAACCAUAUCUAUGCUGACAGGUACCGUGCCACCAACGUCAGGGACGGCCACAGUAAGCGGCUUCAACAUCGUCACAGAGACAGAGCAGGCGCGCAAGUCGCUCGGCAUCUGUCCACAACACAACGUGCUCUUUCCGGACCUCACGGUCAAAGAACACCUCAUAUUCUACUCCCGGUUAAAAGGAGUGUCGGCUAGACAGUUAAAUAGCGAAGUUGAUCAUUUUGUUAAGCUGUUGGAGUUAGAAGACAAGAAAGACACAUUAUCAAGUAAUCUAUCAGGCGGACAGAAACGUCGACUCUCAGUCGGGGCCGCCAUGUGCGGGAAGUCUCGGGUUGUCCUAUUAGACGAGCCCACUUCGGGCCUCGACCCGGCCGCCAGGCGGGGAUUAUGGGACCUCUUGCUCAAAGAAAAGAAAGGUCGCACCAUAAUCCUCACAACGCAUUUCAUGGACGAGGCGGACGUCCUCGGCGACCGUAUCGCCAUCAUGGCCGGUGGUAAACUACAGUGCAACGGCACGCCAUACUUCCUGAAGAAACAUUACGGCAUCGGCUACAAACUCACCAUUGUGAAGGCCGAGAACUGCAACGUCGACAAUGUGACGAGUUUCUUCAAACAGUAUAUACCGGAUAUUAAGGAAAACUCUAACAUAGGUUCCGAAUUAACGUAUAUCCUACCAAACGAAAAUGUUAGCAAGUUCCCUGAAAUGCUGAAACAAUUUGAGGAGAGAAGAGAGGCUUUGCAAGUUUCGAGCUACGGUCUUUCGGUCACCAGCCUUGAAGAAGUUUUUAUGAAAGUGGGAGCGGAAAAAACGGAUGGAAAUUCAUCUAUUGAUCUCAAGAACGUGCAUAAUGACCACGCUAUAGUACCUAUGGACAAACAUUAUCAAAACAAUUUAGAUACAGAACCGAUACAGAAAGAAAGAGGAUUCAAAUUGCUCAAAAACCACAUAAAGGCCAUGUUUCUUAAGCUAGCAUACAAUUCGACCAGGAAUAAACUUGUAAUGUUCAUACAAAUUAUAUCACCAAUCAUCAACAUAUGUCUAUCAGUAGUUAUUGCGAGGUCCUGGAACUUUAUUCGUUCUUUGCCUCCUUUGACGCUUAGUUUGGAGAGUGGGUUUAAGAAAACGCAGACUCUGAUAUCGUACAGUUCUAAAAUGGAAGCUGAUAGUAUGGGCCAAAAAAUUCUGAACGCGUACAAAGAUUACUUCAAGCGAUCGAAGUACCCUGGCAUGUCGUAUAAUGACAUCGCAACGAUGGAUAUGGGACGUUACUAUCUAAAGCUGAGUAGAGAGGACCCCGAGCGCGUUCACUACGAGAACGUCAUAGGCGCAACGUUCGAGCCCGAUUCCAUCACUUGCUGGUUCAGCAACUACGGGUACCACGACUCGGCCAUCUCGCUCGCACACGUGGAUGAUGCCAUGAUGCGUGCUGCUCUACCCGGGAGCUCUUUGAAAAUCGUCAACCAUCCGUUACCGUAUAGCAUUGAGAAUCUUCUGAGAGUGAUGGCCACUGGUGGGACUAUGGGUUUUCAAUUUGCAUUCAAUAUGGGAUUUUGUAUGGCGUUCGUUGCAUCGUUUCUGGUGCUCUUUGUGAUUAAGGAGCGCAUAAGCGGUGCGAAGCUCCUCCAGCGCGUCUCGGGCGUGCGGCCGGCCGUGCUGUGGUUCUGCGCUUUGGCAUGGGAGUGGAUAUGGCUACUGACCAUCCAUCUCACCAUCAUCAUCACUCUGGCGUGCUUCCAGGAGGUUACGCUAUCCACGCCACAGGAAUUAGGAAGAGUGCUGUUAGUUCUCGUGGUAUUUUCGCUGGGAAUUAUACCUGUACACUUUGCAGCGUCUUUCUGCUUCGACGCGGCCGCUACGGGGUUUUCAAAAAUGUGCUUCUUUAAUGUAUUCACGGGAUGUAUGCCUUUCCUCAUAACGGAGGUGCUGAGACUGCCAGAAGUGGGGAGCCCGUUCUAUGCAAACUUGUUUGAUUGGAUAUUCUCCGUGUUGCCAAUUUACUGCUUAUGUAGAAGCUUGAGGGACAUGAGCAUGUCAGGGUUCGCGCAGACGGCGUGCGACGCGCUCUGCGACCAAUUCGUGAACAUAGACAACUGCACGAGACACACCUUAUGCAGCAAGUUGAAUAUCACCGUGUGUUGUAUUGAAGACGAUCCAUUUUUGGACUGGGCGGAGCCCGGAAUCGGUCGAUAUCUGUUCAUGAUGGCCUUCGUGGGGGUGCUCGUCUUCACCAUUAUGCUUCUCAAGGAAUACGAAGUUAUGAACAAGGUAUUCUACAAGACGAGCCCGCCACCGCCGCCGCCCGACGAAAAUGAGGACGAAGACGUCAAGCGCGAGCGGUCGUACGUUCACUCUCCCAUCUCCGGCCGGGAUAGUCUCAUCUGCAGAGACCUCACUAAAUAUUACGGCCAUUUCCUCGCCGUCAAUAGGCUUUGCCUUUCCGUACACAAAGCAGAAUGCUUCGGGCUACUCGGGAACAACGGCGCUGGCAAAACCACCACGUUCCGAAUGCUCACCGGCGACGUCAGAAUAUCCAGCGGAGACGCCUUCGUGCUCGGGCUAUCCAUCAAGACGCAGUUGCAACAAGUCUACAGACAGAUAGCAUACUGCCCUCAGUUCGACGCGCUGCUCGACAACCUGACCGCGCGCGAAAACUUGCAAAUAUUCUGUCUCCUCCGCGGGAUCCCCACGAGGCUCGGCUCCGACCGCGCGUGGCAGCUCGCCAACGCGCUGGGGUUCGCCAAACAUUACGAUAAACAGGUAUACCAGUGCAGUGGAGGCACAAAAAGAAAGAUCAGCACUGCAGUUGCACUUAUGGGCGAUUCACAGCUUCUCUUCUUAGACGAACCAACAACAGGCAUGGACCCAGCCUCCAAACGCCUAGUAUGGUCGUCCAUCAGCGCAGCGGUGGGGUCCGGGCGCAGCGUGGUGCUGACGUCGCACAGCAUGGAGGAGUGCGAGGCGCUCUGUUCGCGGCUCACUGUCAUGGUCAACGGCGGUCUGCACUGCUUGGGAUCACUGCAGCAUCUUAAGAGCAAGUUUUCGCAAGGGUACACACUCGUGGUGAAGUGUCAAGCUGGGCAACAAAGGAACGCCGACUUGGAAAACAUCAAUUUCGUAAUAUUAGAACGUUUCAACGAUAUAACUCUUGUAGAAUCGUACCUAGGCAUCAACACGUACUACAUCAAAGAGCCGGGGCUGCCGUGGUGGCAGGUGUUCCACGUGAUGGAGGGGCUUCGCUCGCAGCUCCCCAUCGAGGACUACUCCGUCACGCAGACCUCGCUAGAACAGGUGUUCCUCAGGUUCACUAGGGCAGAGUCCAAUCCCAAAUACAAGGGCGGGUAAGGACAGCUUAUGUAUUUGAAGUUAAAAGUCUUUUUUUGAGUACAACAGGCAAAUGAUUAACCCUUAAGUUCAUAAUGGCAAGGUACUUGCCAUCAUACUUACAACAAAAAUGCAUCUCUAAAAUAAAAUUUACGUUUUAAACUUAAGCAAGCGUUUUGUACACAAGACCCGUUAGUUUAAUAAAAUAAAAUAAUAAUUACUUACGGUUCGAAAUCGACGGACUAGAAAGGAAUGUCAAAUGGUUUAAGGGUUAAGAAAUUCUGUUACCGUACCGUUCGACCGUACGGAAAUAAAAAAUGCAUAAAGUGAAGCGUAAUAAUGAAUAGCGAGGCCUACGCUAUUAAUUAUUACUAUAUCUGAAUUUGCACCAUCGUACAUUACGUGGUUAUAGUUGUCAAGCAUUAACAUGUAACAUUAGGUCUCACUUGAUAUAUAGCGUCGAACAGUACCUGGUAUCUAACCUGUCUAACGUUAUUUUGCUCUAAUUGUUAACCUACUUAUUUCUUAUAUAAGCGUCCAAACUUGGUGAAUGAAUCUAGCUGUUCGCGUACAAUUAUUGUACUUUAUUCUAGUUCGUUUUUUUAGCAUUAGAAAUAAGGUAAACAAUCUUGAUGUGUCUUUUAACUGAAUAACACAUUUUAAAAAUAAGUUACGGCAAAUAUGUAACAAUUAUGAAUCUAAUACGAUCAUUUAUAUUCAUCUGCUUUCAUGAGUAAUAGUUAUUGAUUUUUAAAAAGCGUUUUUCAAUUAAAAGACAUGUCAAGAUCGCUUACCUUCUUGCAAGUUCUUUCUAAUGCUAAAAAAAACGAACUAUACUUACCUACGAAGUUUGACGUGCGAUACUUAAUUACUUACUAUACUGGUUCAUGUAUGUUACGGGUAAAACCUCAAAUCUUGCCGAAAACUGUAUACUUACCUCGAUAAUACUAAUGUAUAUGACCAACUUUUGCAUGCAAAGUUGAAAACAAAGUUGGUUAUAUAAAGUGAUUUAAACAUAACAUACUUAGGGCCACUUGCACCAUCCCGCUAACCCGGGGUUAACUCGUUAAGAAGUUAACCCAAUGUCAAAUUGUACUGGUAACCAUGGUAACUCCAGAUUUAACCGGUUAACCCCGGGUUAGUGGGAUGGUGCAAGUGGCCCUUACAAACAUAGGUUAAGAAUUAAGAUGUUAUACAAAGGAAACGAUAUGUAUUGAUUGCUUCGUUUCGAGUUACCUAUUAAAUGUACUUAAAUUUGAAAUGGCUGCUUAAGAUGACGUUGAUGAGUUUAUCGAAUCGAGCAUACCUUUUAUAAUAAUGUAGACUUUACUACGAGUAGUUGCCUAACUGGUUAGGUAUAUGAAAACAUACCUACUCAUAAAUAGGUAUCGCUCAGUAAACAAUCGGUCGAAAAUACCACAAUACGACCUGAGUGAAUCUCAUCUCGCCUUAUAGGUACAAGCUAGGGUUAAAACUUUACAAUGGGUAUUUAUUCAGUAUUCAUGUUACCGUAAUAACCCGUUUUUAGUAAAAACACGUUUUCCCUCGUUGAAACAUGUUUUCCGUAAACUAGUUAAAAGUCUAGUUUUCUGUAAGGGAUCGGUGAAUACUAAUUUUAACUGGGGUUUUUUCAGUCAAAACUAGCUUUUGCAAAAUGCCUUGGUAAAUAUUAGUUUCGUUUUCACUGACGAGUUUACGGAAAACUAGUUUUAACUAGGGAAAACGUGUUUUCACUAAAAACGGAUUUUUAAGGUAACAUCUAUAGGUAGGUAAUUUAUAUGUGUACUUGUAUAAAUGUUUGUGAGUGUUUAGACGAUCAUACCGUUAUCGUUGCUGUGUUUUAUAAUGCCUUACCAGUGUUCUUAAAACAUACCAGAGACGAUAGAUAAUAAACACUGCCAAUCUAGUCAAAAAUGCGUUCCUCUUCAAUGUAGAUGGCGCCACUUUAAUUUUGUUAACCCUUGUCCAUGUACGAUUUAUCAACCACAUACGCCUCAAUAGGUUGGUUGGUUGACGUAAAUAAAUGUAUUUACUUUCUUUCUUUCUUUCAAUAGAAUUUCAGCUUUAGCAUUCCGAUUAGAUUGCGCUUUCGGGAAAUGUGACUUGUCUUCAGAUGAAUCAUCAAAGCUGGAUUAAUUGGAAUAUAUAUAUAUAUAUAUAUUGGGAAAACCUAGUAGAUUGGUGCGGCCUGGAAAAUGGUUAGAUAAAAUUCAUAUACAAUGAUCAACAAAAUAUAACGCUUAAAAAAUUAUAUACUUAGUUAGUAAAACAAAACCUCGAAGAGUAAAUUUUUCGAAAAGAAAUAUAUUAUAUGUAUAUUUUUAUUGCUACGGUCGAGUUACGUGGUGGGGGAAAUACAAAUAACAACAACGCCCGGUAUAAAAAAAAAAACGUUUUUUGAGAUGACAUAAUAUACUGAUACUGCAUGUUUGUCAGCUGCAAAAUGUAAGAUAGCUUAAGUUUCCUUUACCCUGAGGGCGGCGCCACAGUUAUGCACAGAGCGAAUCCCUAAACUCUUGUUACAUGUCGUCAUAAUAAAAGUGGAAAGCAAAAUGCUUCUAAAUAAACUUUAUGUACAACGGGAAGCAAAGUUUUUAUAUUGAUUAGCAGACUUUAUUAUUUAAUCCCUCUCUUUGUUUAGAACUUAAUUUUAGAAUCUCUCGUGAUGAUCUUACUUUUUAAAUUAUAAGAUUCACUUAAACUACGCUACGAGUACACGUGUGAUUUAUUGUGAUGAAAAUUAUGAUUGUUAUAUUUUACAAUUACAUUAAGAAAUAUUUUUGAUGUCCAAAUACGUAAUAUAAUUAUGUCCUACGAAUAUACUAUAUGAGUCGCUUAACUUCAAACUCGGGUAAAUCCAUCUGUCAGAUUAUGCGAUUUUGGUAUUAAGAAAACGUAAUAGGGUAGAUAUUUGCUGAGAGGGUCCAAUGGAUUUACCCGAGUUUGAAGUUAAGCGACACAUAUGGCCUGAGCACAAACUUCAAUAUACACCAAAUAUUGAGAGAGUGAUGUAUUUGCUAAAAGUGGACGCAUCCUUUCUUCACAACAAUAGACUUAAUGUAACUUAACUAUAUUGGAGUUUGGGCUCGGUUUUUACUACUUAGUUAUAGUUUGAUAUUUAUUUUAUGACCUCGGAAGAGCCCGAGAAAAAAAUGGCGCAUAGGUUUUUCUACAAUAUUAAAAAUCAUUAGGGUAUGUAACCAAAUUUUAAGUCUGACCUUUCUAGCAGAACAUUUUGUAAUACAUGUGAUAUUCUACUUUGGGCGUUUACCUAAAAUAUGCCUGUUACAGUACUUAAAAUGUAGAUAAUAGUUUUAGAUAUAAAUUAUAAUAAAUGUGAAUUAAUUUAUAUUUAAAAUUAGUACUUACUUUUGAUUACCAACUUUUUUGAUGUAAACGACCUGAUUUGAUGACCAAAUUUUAAUUUAUAGUAAUUAUGCAGAAACAUUAAGGUCUAUGAAAUAGACAUAUGUCGCCGUGUAUUUUCUUAAUUAUUUAAGUUAUGAGGCCACUUCUCUUAUUUGAAAUCUAAUAUCCAGUUUCUAUUUCUUUAAACAAAAUAAAUAA